AUGGACACUGGAGGUCUUGCUCAAAUGUCUUCCUACAAUAGUCUAGCUUCAAGUAAUGGUCUGGGACUGCCUCAGUCGGGCUUCACUUCUAGGCGAGGAUCCAACAUCAAAAGCCUCACAUUUGAUCAAUCAGCUGUACUGUCAUCUAGUCGUGAAAAUGGCGCUCCCACCCCUCGAACCUCUCGAUCACACCUACUAGCAGGCUUGAGAACUGCCCCCAGAGGUGCUUCGUCCAAUCAGGUUCCCUCAACAGCGCCUCCCACUCAGCUCGAGCACAACCAUGAGCCAAAGUACAGCUACUUUGCUUCUAACGUUAACUAUAGUGGCCCAAAGACCUCUAACUUGAAAAACUCUCAAUACAUGCCAGGAAUCAUGAAAGGGCAAAUUUAUCCUGCCCCGGAUCAGAUACUAGCUCCACCAGCUAUACAGCUUGAUGAAACCAAUCACGAACAGAUGGAUGCAAAUUAUUAUGCCCAACUCGUUGCUACUAAUCUUUACCUCGCGGAACAGCAGCAGCGGCUACAACAACAGCUCAUUAAUGUACAAGCUGCUGCACAGCAAUUUCAGGGUAUGAAUUUGGUCUCACAGCAAUACUCCAGUCCUCCAAUAACUCCACAAAGUCUGUAUCAGCAACAAGUCAAGAAUAGCAUGCAACAGGCAGCUGCUCAAGGCAUAGGGUCACCAAUGUUACAAUACCAGAACUACAACGCUCUGAAUAAUCAGCAGGCAUACAUGCAACUAGAGCAGCAAGGCUCUUUAUAUGAAUUCCAAAGAAAUGCCCAGCAAUCUCUCGCUCAAUCUCCGCUGGUCAAAGGUGGUAUUCCAGCGAGAUUCAGAGGAACAGCGGCUCCAGUAGACUCUCCUACAUUCUCUCGCAGCAUCAGCCCUCCGAGAAAGAUACAGUCUCCUGCAUUGGAUCACGCACCUCUUCCACCUCCUUCUGCUGGCGCAUUCCGUCGAGGUCACCGAAAAGCGCCAUCCUCACUAGCAUUCUGCAUUGAGGAUGCCACCAUAGAUUCGCCACGAACUGCUCUCGCCAAGAACCCUGGAUUAGCUUCUGCUGGCAUGUCAGGCCCAGGGCAAGGCCGAGCCGGAGAACACCCAAUCCGCCAACCUAGAGGACCACCACCUCUCGACGAACUUUUAUCAAAGCCAACCACGAAAUUUGAGGGAAGUAAGAAUUUCUCUACACGAACACGUCGAAGCGCAGUUCACAAUCUCGUUCGUGCCGGAAUCGAACGACGUAGGGCUCCUGGCGGCACUGACUCUGGCAGCAUGUCGCCUGUCUCUGAGAUUGGAGAUGUAACCUUGUCAGUCACUGAUAAUGAUUCGGAUAGUGGGCACAGCGGAAGCGGAAGCUUGAAAAGCCGUCCAGCUCCCGGAAGUCCCCGAACCUCUAUUCACGGUGCGAUUGGUUCUAACCGUCCCAUAUCACGGCAGAAAGAUCACUCUCUAGAUCGGAAGUCUGUGGCCUCGCAAGUCAGUAACUACACUUCUGUCACCGUAAGUAGUGACGAAGGUAAUCUGAUUGGUGGGAAUUUCGCCGCUGUAUUAAAGAACGAUGUAAAGAAAGCCGAGACCGAUAAGAAGGCGCCAAAGCUUAUUUUCACUCCUGCCGACCAUGUCAAGGUCAAUUAUUAA